CCCACGGGUCUGACUGUCCACUCUGCGCUCUAGGUCUUCCAUGCGCGGGUGGUGGCGUCCAUUCUACCCACCAAGAUAUGGAUCCCUCCGGCCUAGAGUCCCACCCUCCCCCCCAAGAGUCUGACCGCGCAGACCUAGAUUUCUACUCUCCUGGCCAAGAUUAUUUCUCCACUAGCCAUGAAUUCGACUCUCUCUACCUAGAAUUGGACUUGGACUCUGUUAACGAAGAUCUUUCUCAGCCCGUGACAGGCGCCAUGACAGAGACCUCUGCAUGCGCGUAUGAACCCCAUCCACCUACCAAACCAGAGGAUCUCACAGAGGCGGAGCAAAAAAAGCUCAAGUCCGAGCUCGCUAAAUUGGAAGCUGAAAUUGUAACCCUACGCCGUGCGCUGGCAGCCAAAGAAAGACACUGCGUGGAGCUCAAGAGGAAGCUGGGCCUCACGGCCUUGGUGGGGCUGAAGCAGAAUCUGUCCAAGAGCUGGCACGAGGUUCAGGUCUCCAACGCCUACAUGAAACAAAAGACGUCAGCUGCACUGUCCACCAUGGGCUCGGCCAUCUCCAAGAAGCUUGGAGACAUGAAGUCGUCAGCCACAUUCAGAUCCUUUGAAGGUCUGGUGGGGACAAUCAAAUCCAGAGUUGCAGGUGGCAGAGAGCUUGACAAUGACUUCCUUCCUUCUUCAGAGGGGUGUGGGGAUGAUUGGCCCCCAGUUUCGGGGAAUAGAGAUGAUUCACCCCCAAUUACAGGGAGUGAGAAUGAUUCAGUUCCAGGGAGUGGAGAUGAUCUGGUUACAGGAACUGGGGAUGACCUGCUUCCCUUUCUGGAGUAGGAAUGAGCCCUUUAUAACUUGCCUGGCCACCUAACCAAUGCAAGAACUCCCUUCCCUCAUCACAAUUGCAACUCUGCCCAUCAAAAACAAGCAACCUAACCACAGUGGUAAAGUUACUUCAGGAAAUGGACAGAGUCCGACUUUGAGAAAAAUAAUGUCCAUUUUACACAGGUACUUGCUGCUGUUGAGAUAGAAAAUCUAAUGUUUUGUACCUGGUUAUUUUACACUAAAGUGUGUAGAUCAAAUUCAUCACUAUACUAGCCUUCCUGGGGUUGCAUUUAAAUGGACAAAACAAUGGCUCCAGAGGGGUCUAAGGCCAAAGUCCAAACUUUUUUUGAAAACUAGUCUCAUCAGAAGGCAAAGUAGGUUUCUGUUUAAAACUGGGAAAAUGUAUAAAAUAGGCUAUAAAUCUAUCUACUCCUCAUCUCCUUCCUUCACUAAA